CGUACCGAUUUGGUAUCAGGCGCUGCAGCAGGGCAGUGAUUUGGUACCGAGGGAGCAGCACUGGCUACUGCAUUUCUGCAACAAUGUUGCACAGAAGAACCAAAGCGAUCGCUGCCGGACGGCGCGAUAACAAUCGCUUUCUUUGUACGAUAGUAAGAUACGGACCGGCGGUGGGAGUCGUGAUUUUCUCCUUGCUGUCCCUCUGGGCUGUAAUUGCUAUAUACAGGACUAUGACCGGUGAAAAGAAGAACAAGAAAUACGCGUCGGAGAGGAAAGAAAUCUCAACUGAAAGACACGCCCCGUGUAACAGUAAAUUAACAGAGAAUUCUGUGGACUGUGCUAAGGACUGCAGAGAAAAUGCAUGGCUGCCAGGUGAACAGCAGAACCUGUGUGCUCGUUCCACAACAACAGAUGAGCUACACCAAUGUUUUGAGUCAGGCUUGGGAAAGGAGCAGGAAGAACAUCCCGCUCAACUUCAUGCAACCGGUCAAGCUGAAACUCCACCUGCACACAGCGACGUCAGCAGUUGCAUCACACCAAAAUACUGCAUGGGUGGCCAACACGAACGCAGCUGCAGUGGUAAUGAUCAUUAUCACAAUGACCGGCCUGAUCUCCCAGCAAAGCUGACUGGCGGUUAUCAUGGUAGUACGGGGACUGACAGUACCAUUGACGAGACUGAAAUGAAUAUAGGAAUCUUGGCCUCUGGCUGUGAUAUACAGGUACAAGACAACCCCAGAUUUCCAGUGGUACUGGACACUGAAGUUCACGGCGGAUAUCCAAAUAGUCAUCACUGUCUCGAACAGGAGUGUCUCAGCAUCCAUAUAAAUGAUGAUUCAGGGGCAGGAAAUAUGACCUCAGAUAAAAAUGAAGACUUAGAGACAGAAAGCAAUGUGAUGGGUCGGAUUUGCGACAAGAACGUCACAGAAGGGACCCUGGACAGUAGCCAACGAUUUGCAACGAUCAGUACAGGUGUUGGUGAGCAUGAGCAUGAAGGACUUGUGGAUAUCUUGGACACAAAAUGUACUUUCCCAGAGAGGUAUGUAGAGGAACAAGCAGAUGCAGACCUGGCUGUAAGUGCAUUAAAGGAGUCUAGCUGCCAGAGCUCAUUAGAUGGGGACCCCAUGGGUAAGAGGGUAGUGGUCGUACCACCUAUGCCCCAGAUGGUGGCGAUCCACUUUGGCGUGCACUAUAUUACCAGAUCGCCCUCCCAGCAGCUGGCCAUCACAGGCAGCAUCCCGGAACUGGGUGACUGGACCAGCUUUGUGCCACUUUGCCAGUCCCCUAAUGGCUUGUGGGUCGACACUGUGGCGCUGCCUGCAGACAGACAGGUAGAGUGGAAGUUCGUUCUGGUGGAGGAUGGCAAGAUUCAGCGCUGGGAAGAGUGUGCAAACCGCCACUUGGUGACUGGCAGUGACAGAGAUAUUCUGCUUCACAAAGCAUGGGGCAUCAUCUGAUAAAUAAAGGAGAAGGGCAUUAAGGCAGAUAGGUUGUGUGCACCAUUGCAGUAAAUACGUUUAUGAGAAUAUCAAUAAAGGAUCGGACACUGUUCAAGAUAUUACUAGUUCUGAUAUACAGUUGAACCUUCCACAUCGUGCUGGGGAGAAAAAGAAAAAAAAAAAAAAAAAAAAAUCACAUAAUUUUUUGGUCCCCUUGGCAAGUGAAGUGAAAAGAUAUGAGAAACAUGACAUACAAAGAUCACUGCAAGAUCACUGCGAGAUCACUGCUAGAUAUCACAUGAGAGGCAGCAGUAAACGCGCUUGUCAUCCUCCAAACCGGUACUGUACAUAUAUUUUAUACAUUUAUGAGUUACUAAACAUUUUGGGCCAUGUCUGCAGCUUUUUCAAAACUCCCAAAAAAAUCCGUUUUAAUUUCUUAUGCCGAACGUGUGAUAAAAUUGCGAUGAAAAGUUGCGAUGCAGAAGGGUCGACUAUAUAUUGUGUAGGUAUUCUUUGUCAAUUGCCUUAAAGUCUAAAGUUGUAGUGCUUCUAAUCUAAGCUCAUGUAGCAGUGCUGACAAACCACAGAUUAAUUUUGUUGCUUGUUACAGAAUUUACUAUUUAGAAAGUAUUUAGAAAGAAGUUUGGACAGCAUUGAAUCACAGAGGAAUAUUAAUGUCCAAAGUGUUGGCUGCCAAAGACACCUCAAUAUGUACAUACUUGACUAAUUCCUAUAAAAUGUUUGACUUUUUGCAUUUCACUGAGACAAACUGGUUUCCCAGAUUCUCACCUGAACAAGAGCUAGAUGGUGAACUGGAUCUUAAUUUUGAUUAUAAUCAAAUUUUGGUUGUGAACCAUGAGUUACGAAGCAUCAGUACUUAAGUCUUUAACACAUAACACAUAAUACAAAGAGCCAAAAAUGUAAGCAUUUAUUUUGCUAAAAAAGGCAUUCAGUCCUUAAGUUUUCAUAAUCAAAUAUCUUUUGCCUUAUGAUUAUGAUUCAGUUUUAAGAAAAUAUUAUAAAUGUCAACAGGAACCGGAUCCAUUAAAAGACUCUGUCCUUGUCCAA